GGCUAGUGAGGUAAUACUUUGAGAAGUGCUGCUUUCUCUUCCCUGCACAUUCACAGCAGACAGGCUCGGAGGGAGGGCUUCAGGGAACUACUCAGCAGCGAGCAGCCUCUGCACUGUCCUUACUGGUAUCAGAGUCUUCGUCCUUCCCUGCUACAUGGCCACGCUGGGCCGCGGCGCGCCUCUGCCUGGGAGAGGCGCACUUGUUGAGGACCCGCAAUCUCAGGAGAUGGUAAAGAUGAGCCGCGACCUGAUAGAGAAGAUCCUGCAGGCCAUUCCCGACACGCACACGUCCUGCAUCCACUCACAGGCCCUACAGCUCAAUUCCACUGAAAAUGCAAAGCUGGCGAUGAUUGCGAAAACCAUUGGAAUGCCGUCUGUUCCUGUACUCAAAGCCGUGUCAGAAAGCUACACUUUGGAGACCUGUUUGAAACACAUGUCCGAGGGUCUUCAGCUGCACCGGGCCUUGCUGAGCUCCGUCACUCCUCGCCUGGAGAACAAGGACAAAGUGAUCAGCCUACAGGCCGACAUCAGAGACCUUGUCAUUCAGGUCAAUAAGUUGCUGAAAAAGGUGCAAGCAGAGGCUGUGGUGCAGCCCUCACCGACCCCUGUCGCCCUAAGUCUACCAGGGGACUAUGAGAUUCAGGUGGCAGCACACCUGACUCUGGUGCAGCUCCAGGCCUUCGGGCAGGACGUGGUCCGCUGCCUCAGGAGUCUGGACCAGAGCAAUGAAGAAGAGACAGAGAGCUGACCAUGAAAGAUCCGCUUUUGGCACACGUCCAAAAUGUGACAUAUUCUGCCAUUUUUGUUAUGGCAUUUAUUUAUACAAAAUAUUUAUUUCUAUUUAUAUAGAUAUUUAUUCAGAUAGAAUAUUUAUUGAGGGAAUUUUAUUUUUGAUAGCUUUGUAUGCCUUAUUCCGCUUUCUGUUGACGGCCGAGCUAACUUCUGUUUUAACACUAGUCUGCUGACUCCUUCUGAAAGUGCACCAUCAUGCCUACGUUACAUGGCAGUAACAGAAAAUGAAAUCAUCCUCUAAAAACAAACUAUAACUAUUUAUAUUUAAAAGUGCUAAAGUAAAGAAUACACUUGACAGUUCUCGCAGCUGAGUGCACAAUGUACUUUUUUUUCAUUGACUGAUUCUUAAUAACUAAUCAGACAGAAUAAACUCACUCUCUUCGUUCUGAUGACUAAAUAAACAGAUAAACUGAUGAACUAAAUGACGUUAAAGGACAACACAGUUUCACACUAGAUUACUUUGUUUUUAUUUGGCAGACCCUGCCACCUUUCUAGCUCCAAACAGUGUUCUGGG